UUCAUUUUUCCUCUCUCGGACGCCCAUCUGUUCCCUGCGCGGUCAAAAUGGCCUCAGAUCCUCGCCGCCGCUUCCGGAGGAGGCACCCUACUUUUUGGCUUCCGCCCCAAACGGAAAAGCCGACUUCUGUUGCCAUUCCUUCGCCACCGCCAUCCCCCUCCCGCCCCGCCCCACCCUACCCCGGCCAAACAUCUAUCUUCGACGCAAAUCGCAUCAGCGAUCUGGGGGCUUUCAUCUCCCCCAUAAGCCGUGCCCAACUCUUUCGGGGUCCUGGAUCGCGCUCCCACCUGUUUCUCUCGUACGCUGACGCUUCAUCGAAGAUAGAUUGGAGCUGUGGCCUGGUAGGUCGUGGUGCUGUUCGGCAAUCGCAAGGGCAGUGUCUGGCUGGAACCAUAUGUUCAAGCUUCUUCGGCCCGGAUGCCGGAAGUUAUUCUUUUCGUCCGUGAGUUGUGUCAAUUCAUAUGCCUAAUGGAAUUCUAGGUUUCUGUGGAAAUUGGAGGCACUGGCACUUGUCGAGAAUGAGCUGCUUUCCAUGUUUCUCCAAAAAGAGCCAAAGGAAGGAAAUUGCUCCUGGAAAAAGCCUCGCAAAAGAUAAUGUGUCCAGGAAGACGGCUGACUACUCGGAGAAGCCUUCCGCUGAAGCAUCCCAAAGGGAUUCUGGCAAGGGCAAUAUUGCUGCGCUAACAUUUACAUUUGAGGAACUUGCAUUAGCUACAAAGAAUUUUCGAGCUGAAUGUCUCCUAGGUGAAGGAGGGUUUGGUAGAGUGUACAAAGGUUACCUUGAGAACACUGGACAGAUAGCAGCUGUUAAACAGUUAAACAGGGCUGGUUUCCAAGGCAAUAAAGAAUUUGUUGUCGAAGUAUUGAUGCUUAGCCUCCUUCAUCAUCAAAAUCUAGUGAAGCUUAUUGGAUACUGUGCUGAUGGUGAUCAAAGAUUACUGGUGUAUGAGUUCAUGUCUAUGGGCUCUCUAGAAGAUCAUUUGCUUGUUAUCUCACCCAAUCGGAAACUCCUCAGCUGGUACACAAGAAUGAAAAUAGCUUAUGGUGCUGCUCAAGGUUUAGAGUAUUUGCACGAGAAGGCAAACCCACCAGUGAUCUUUCGUGACUUCAAAUCUUCUAACAUCCUUCUUGAUCAGGAUUUCAAUGCCAAACUCUCUGAUUUUGGUCUGGCAAAGCUAGUCCCUGUGGGGGAUAAAGUUCAUGUUUCUUCUAGGGUGAUGGGAACAAUUGGCUACUGUGCACCUGAGUAUGCAAGAACAGGGCAUCUAAGCUUGAAAUCAGACGUGUAUAGUUUUGGAGUAGUUUUGCUCGAGUUGAUCACAGGAAGGAGGGCCAUUGAUACAACUAGGCCAACAAAUGAACAGAAUCUUGUUUCUUGGGCAAAGCCAAUGCUGGGAGACCAGAAGAGAUUCCCUGAGCUAGUUGAUCCACUUAUACAAGGGAAUUACCCACCGAAUGGCUUGAGCCAGGCAGUAGCUGUUGCUGCAAUGUGUCUGCAACAAGAGGCUUCAGUUCGACCGUCAAUGACUGAUGUUGUUAUUUCACUGAACUUUCUCAAAACACCAUCAGGCAGUCCUGAGGUAGACCCUACUCCCUCAUCUCCAACAUAAAAGGCACAAACUAAUCUAGGUCGACUGGAGCCAGAAGAGUAUUCAAGGGUUCAUAAUCACUCUCAAGUUCUCCAUGGUGUGGGUCGGACACUUACUGCUCAAGACUAUUUGGCAGGAAUUGAGAGAUUAUGGAACCUGUUUGCUGAGCUUGUUACUUGUCUAUAUCCAUAGCUUCACACCCAGAAUCGCGUAGCAUAUUGAUUUAGAUUUCAGGAAAAGUUCUGAAAACCUGAAGUCUUAUGGUGCUGCUGUGUUGGAAACUUGUGAAACUCAGGUCAUAUGAAUAGUGGGGUUAUACUAAAUUGUUUAUAAAAUGUUCCAAUAAAUUGUGUCUGACAGAUAUGGACUAUGAAUUUACUUUAGUUUGUAAAUAAUCAGAAACAUAAAAUGGUACCAGUUAAUGAGAAAAUUUGUUAAGGUCUCCCCUAGAUAGUAGCAUUUAUCUUUA